AUGUCAGCUUUUCCAGAUGAUGAUGACGAAAUCGUGCGCAUCAACCCAAGGGAAAGAAACUGGCUCACUGGUUACGAGGACUAUCGCCAGGCACCAAUUCAUCGCAAAUAUCCAGAAACUGAUAACACAGACUCUUAUGUGCGAUUUGCCAAAAGUGAAACCUCAAAGCAUGAUUACAACUAUCCAUACGUAGAUCACACGAACUUUGGCAUGUGCAAGGACCUCAAGGGUCCGGUGAUAAACACACAGCCCAGCCGUUGCAAAUCAAGAAGGAAAGAUGGCGAGAGGUCUAGAUGCGUGUAUUGCAGGGACAUGUUCAACCAUGAUGAGAAUGGUCGGGGUCAGUGCCAGGAUGCCCCGGAUUCAGUCCGAACCUGCAUACGACGGAUCAGCUGCAUGGGGUUUGCAGACUGUGUUCUUUACCACUGCAUGUCUGAUUCAGAAGGAGACUAUACAGACGCUUGUUCUUGUGACACCAGCGAUGAAAAGUUUUGCCUCCGGUGGAUGCUGCUCAUCCCUUUGUCAAUCAUUGCUCCUGGCAUGUGCUGUUACAUCCCACUACGAGCUUGCUACAACUGUGGUGUCAUGUGUGGAUGCUGUGGGGGCAAACACAAAGCAGUGGGGUGA